CCUCCAAUAUGGCGGAUGACGCGCGCGCUCCCUGCCGCCCGCGCUCGUAGUUUCUUCACCAACUGCCACUCGUCUCGAAUGAUUUCACCUUGCGAUGAAUGAAAAUUGUUGUAGACAGCCCGAGUGCGUAUUAUUCACAUAAUAAACUCAUCACCGCACCGGACAUAUAAGGUGUAUUGUGAUACAGUGCGUCUAAAGGUGGAUUCGUGGUUGUGUUUUUACCAGUUCUCCCUUUUGUGAGACCGUUGUGUUUACGUGCCGAAAAAUCAUCGAGUGCAAAAUCUACAGGUCUCUGGAGUCGCCGGUGCAGUGUUUAAUGGGAUCUUGUUGAUCAACAGGUUCUGAAGGUCGAGCGGCAAGAUGCCGGAGGGAGUGGCGAAAGAGGAUGCGAAGGGGAAGGCCAAGGAGGCCUCGCCGCGACGCCGCCCCUCAGGCAACGUCGUCAAGGUCAAGGUGGAACUCCUCGAUGGCUCCAUCAUGGAACUUGACGUCGAUAGAAAGAUCAGAGGUCAGGAGUUGCUGGGCAAGGUGUGCGACAAACUGAACCUCGUGGAGAAAGAUUACUUCGGGCUGCUGUACGAGGACCGCGGGGACCCGCGCGUCUGGGUCGACCUCGAGAAGAGGCUCUCCAAGAUGCUCAAAUACGAACCCUGGUCAGUGCGGUUCUCAGUGAAAUUCUACCCUCCGGAGCCGGCACAGCUGCAGGAAGAACUCACGCGGUAUCAACUAGUGUUGGCUGUCAGAAAAGACUUACUUGAAGGUCGGCUCCCAUGUUCAUCAGUAACGCAUGCGUUAUUGGCGAGCUACCUCCUGCAGUCGGAGCUGGGUGACUACGAGGCGUCGGAGUCGGGCGCCGCGCUGUGCAAACAGCUGAAGCUCGUCCCCGCCGCCGCCGCCACGCCAGACCUUGAGGAAAAGGUUAUCGAACUGCAUAAGACGCAUAGAGGUCAGACGCCAGCGGAAGCGGAGCUAAAUUACUUGGAGAAUGCGAAGAAGCUGGCGAUGUACGGCGUGGACCUGCACCCCGCCAAGGACUCCGAGAAUGUUGACAUCACGCUCGGAGUCUGCUCCUCCGGCCUGCUCGUACAUCGGGAGAAACUACGCAUCAACCGGUUCGCGUGGCCAAAGAUCUUGAAGAUCAGCUACAAACGUCACAACUUCUACGUGAAGCUGCGGCCGGGCGAGUUCGAGCAGUUCGAGUCCACGGUCGGGUUCAAGCUCGCCAACCAUCGUGCCGCCAAGAAACUCUGGAAGACCUGUGUCGAACAUCAUACGUUCUUUAGACUGAUGUCCCCGGAGCCGGCCCCGAAGAGCUCGUUGUUCCCGCGGCUGGGGUCCCGGUUCCGGUACAGCGGGCGCACGCAGUACGAGUCGCGCAACAACGCGCCGCAGCGCGCGCCGCCACACUUCGCGCGCACGCUCUCCAACAGGAAGCUGUCCUCGCGCAGCAUGGACGCGUUGGCAGCCGGGGAGAAGGAUGAAUCAAUGCCACCGGACGCGGCCAAGCGCCACACCAUGCCGCCGCAACCAGCGCCGCGACCCACCAUCAAAGACAAGCUGCGGCGGCGCUCGGGCGGCACGGCCAGCGCCUCCUCCGCGUCCUCGCUCGAGGGGGAGUACCUCGCCGACAAACACGACAAGAAGCCACCUCCAGGAGCGGUGAAGGUGAUGCCCACAGCCCCUCCAGACAAGAAGGAUGAAAAGAAAGCCUUGGAGCAAAGGAAACCUGCUGAAAAUGGUACAGACACGACCAGUGACCCAGGUAUCACAAACAACGUCGACACUACUCCUAAGAAGUCCAAGACCGGAGGAUUCGGACUGUUCGGUGCUAGAAAGGAUAAGUCGCCUAAAGAAGAGAAAUCACCCAAAGAUAAGUCUCCGAAAGAAAAAUCACCCAAAACGAAAGAUAAGGUUAAAGACCCGAAGAUUAAAGUGGCCGCGCUUGAUACGUCCAAUGACAGUUCCAAUCUCGAUAGUUCACUUGACAAGAGCCCUUCGAAGGGCGACGAAAAACCUUCGUUCACCAAACCGUACGAAUACACUGACACUGAGAAAAGCCCCACUCGCACCAAGCCGUUCAUCCAAGGUGCGUUCAGUUACGAGAAGGAGCCCAUAUCUGAUGAGAAGCAACGGGCUUUAGAUGACAGCCAAAGCCCCACGACCAGAAAAGCUGGCCUUGCUUUCAACUACGCCCCUGGAGAAGAUAAGAAAGUUGCUGAGAGCGCAGAGAAGCGCAAAACACCAGAGGAUCCCAGCAAGCUUAAGACGCCAGGACUGGAUUACGUGCAGUCGGCAGCUCUGAAGGAACAAGCUAAGAACUUAAUAGAUCCUACUUUAGCCUUACUCGACUCUGAAAGAUCUCAUCAUGAAGCGCCUACGGCUUUACCAGUGGUUGCAGCUAAACCAGACAAUGAAAUCCAAGUAGUCAUUAUCACUGGUCGCUACAACCCUAAGUCGAAGAAACUCGAUGAUGCAAAUGGCACCAUUUUGGUCACCAAGGGAACAUUGAAUAAAGCAAAUGGCAAAAUUCAAACAGAUAAAGAACUAAUUAAUACGAAAUCUGGACAAGUCAGUUACACAGACCCUGCUACAGGCAAGCAAGAGGUCAAGAAUGGACAUGUUGACAAAUCAGGACACAUACUUUUCACCUCGGGGGUCAUUGACCCUAAGACGGGCAAGAUUGACCCAACGUUGGCUCAACAAUAUUGCUUUGUUGAAAAAUCCGCAGACAAGGUUGGAGCCAAGCCAGGACGGGAAGUCGACUUAGUUGUUAUCACUGGCAAAUAUGACGGUAAGAAUAAGAAACUCGACGCGUCUCAUGGACACGUAGACGUUUCCAGAGCAGUGGUUGGUCCAGACGGCAAUGUUGCCUCAAAUUACGGCGUCAUUGACCCAAGAACAGGCAAGAUUGAUUAUAUCGAUCCCAAAUCUGGCAAAGAAGAACCUAAACAAGCUUACGUUGAUCAGAAAACUGGAAACAUUUUAGUUACAACAGCUGUUGUAGAUCCUAAAUCUGGCAAGGUCGACUCCUCGCUUGGUCAGCAGUUCAGCAUAGUAGAAAAGGAUGCGACCAAAGCAAACCGUGAAGUCAGACUAGUAGUUGUUACUAGUAAAUACGAUCUUAAGACAAAGAAAUUAGAACCAACAUUCGCUCACGUAGACUCUGUCAAGGGAGUUCUGAGUGGGACAGAUGGUAAAAUCUACACAGAAUACGGUACCAUCGAUCCAAGAACUGGAGAAAUCCAUGUCACUGAUCCUAAGACUGGCAAACAGGAGACCAAACAUGCAACAGUCGAUCCCAAGACUGGAAAUAUUCUGUUAUUGUCCGGAGUUGUAGACCCGAGAACUGGUCAGUUAGACACUUCGCUAGGACAACAGUAUAGCAUUGUCGACAAACCUAUCGAUACUUUUGCUAAUUGCUCUGGGAAAGAAGUGCAGGUUGUUGCCAUCACAGGCAAAUAUGAUUCCAAGGGUAAGAAGUUAGAUAAUCCUAAUGGAUUCAUAGAAACUUCUCGCGCUAUCAUUAGUGACAAAGAUGGUAAAGUCCACUCGAACUUUGGAGUACUGGAUCCCAAUAACGGCAAAGUUUACUUUACUGACCCUAAAACAGGUAAGCGUGAUUCUAAACAAGCCACAGUUGAUCCUAAGACUGGAAGCUUCAUACUUACAUCUGGGGUCAUUGAUCCUAAGACCGGCAAGACUGAUUCAUCCCUGGGACAACAAUUGACAGUGGUCGAUAGGGACGCUCCUAAAGGCAUUCCUGAAAGAUAUGCCAACUUGGUAAUCGUCACAUCUAAGUAUGAUCCUAAACACAAGAAAUUGGACAUUACCAAUGCGCAUGUCGACAGCUUCCCAGGUAAAUACGACAAUGAUGACAAAGUCCACACUGACUUCGGUGUAGUUGAUCCGGCUACCGGUGAAAUAAUUAUUACUGACCCCGUCACAGGCAAACAGGAAGUAAAGAAGGCUGCCGUUGAUCCUAAGACUGGCAAUUUACUUCUCACAUCAGGUGUUGUUGAUCCUCAGACUGGCAAAGUUGACCCCACAUUGGGACAACAGAUCACAGUUGUAGACAAGCCCAAGGACACGUUCCCAUCAGUGGCUGGAAAGGAAGUACAACUUGUAGUGAUUACCAGCAAAUAUGACUCGAAAUACAAGAAGUUGGACAAUCCUAACGGACAUAUUGAGACGUCGCGUGGUGUCGUUGCUGCUGACGGCAAAGUUCACUCCAACUUCGGAGUGAUUGACCCCAAAUCCGGCAAGAUGGAAUAUGUCGACCCUAAAACUGGCAAGCAGGAGCUCAAACAGGCUGUUGCUGAUCCUAAGACUGGUCAUUUGAUCGUUUCUUCUGGAGUUGUAGAUCCAAAGACAGGAAAAGUUGACUCUUCCUUAGCGCAGCAGUUCGCCAUCGUUGAUAGAGAUAGAGUGGCACCUGAACGAUAUGUCAACCUCGUCAUUGUCACAUCUAAAUACGACCCUAAGAACAAGAAACUAGACCUCGCUAAUGCGCAUGUCGAUAGCGUACCUGGCAAGGUGGGUUCAGAUGACAAAGUGCAUACAGCAUUUGGUAUUGUUGACCCGAGCACUGGUGACAUCGUAGUAACUGACCCUGUUACAGGCAAGCAGGAGGUCAAGAAAGCUACAGUCGAUCCCAAAACAGGCAACCUUCUACUUACGUCAUCAGUGGUUGAUCCUGUGUCAGGACAUGUUGAUCCUACGCUAGGACAACAGAUCAGCGUUGUAGACAAACCUAAAGACAGCUUUGCUGCUGUACCUGGUAAAGAAGUACAGCUAGUUGUGAUCACCAGCAAAUACGAUCCCAAGGCUAAGAAACUCGACAAUCCCAAUGGCCAUGUCGAGACAUCUAGAGGUAUCAUGGCCGCUGAUGGAAGAGUACAUACCAAUUUCGGUGUCAUUGACCCGAAGACUGGAAAGAUUGAACAUGUUGAUCCUAAGACCGGUAAACAAGAGAUUAAACAAGCGAUCUCUGAUCCACAAUCAGGACAUUUGAUACUAGCUUCAGGAGUAGUUGACCCUAAAACAGGAAAGACCGACUCGAGCCUUGCCCAGCAGUUCUCAAUUGUAGACAAAGAUGCACCUAAAGAAAGAUACGUUAACCUGGUUAUUGUGACAACUAAAUACGAUCCUAAGAGUAAGAAGCUAGACCUCAUCAACGCUCAUGUAGACUCAGUACCCGGAAAGAUCGGUGCUGAUGGCAAAGUUCAUACCGAAUUCGGUGAAGUAGACCCAACUACUGGCGACAUUAUCGUUAAAGAUCCAGUCACUGGAAAACGUGAGACUAAAGUGGCUACCAUUGAUCCCAAGACUGGUAAUCUCCUCCUGACUUCCGGUGUAGUUGACCCUCAAACCGGGCAAGUUGAUCCAAACUUAGGACAACAAAUAAGCGUUGUUGACAAACCUAAAGACACCUUCACACCAGUUCCUGGCAGAGAAGUUCAGCUGGUCAUCAUUACUUCAAAAUAUGAUCUUAAGAACAAAAAGCUUGACAACCCGAACGGUCACAUUGAGACGUCACGAGGUAUUGUUGCCGCUGAUGGCAGAAUUCACACCAACUAUGGCAUAAUUGAUCCGAAGACAGGAAAGAUUGAACAUGUUGAUCCUAAAACAGGCAAACAUGAGACGAAACAAGCCGUGGCUGAUCCUGGCGUAGGUUUCAAAUCAGGUAAUCUUCUUAUAACCUCUGGUGUCGUAGACCCGAAGACCGGAAAACCAGACUCAUCGCUCGCUCAACAAUUUACGAUUGUCGAGAAAGAGACGAAACCUGUCGAAAGAGAGAUUCAUCUUGUCAUUAUUACCACGAAAUACGACCCGAGGACUAAGAAGAUUGAUCCUAGCCAAGGUCAUGUUGACACUAUCAGUGGUGUACUUGGAGCUGAUGGAAGGAUCCGAACAGCUGUUGGUAUCAUCGACCCUGCGACUGGAGAGAUCGUCGUUACUGACCCUAAGACCGGCAGACAAGAAGUCAAACGUGCUCAGGUACAUCCUGAAACUGGACAUAUGGUUAUUUCAAGCAAUGUAGUCGAUCCCCAAACUGGAAGGGUUGAUCCCACAUUGGUGCAACAAUACAGCAUUGUCAACAAACCAGUCGUACCCUUCACGAAACCAACUUCAAAGGGUGAGGUGCGUCUGGUAAUCAUUACCAGUAAAUACGAUCCUUACACUAAGUCAGUGGACGCUAAUGCAGGAAACAUCGAAGCUGCUAAAGGUUAUGUUAGCGCUGAAGACGGCAAGAUUCACACAGACUUUGGUAUUAUUGACCCAAGAUCUGGUCAAAUCCUCUACAAAGACCCGAUAACCGGCAAACAAGAGCUAAAACAAGCUGAAAUCGAUCCUAAGACAGGAAACCUGAUAAUAACUACCGCCGUAGUUGACCCCAAGACUGGCAAAGUAGAACCCUCAUACGCGCAGCAGUUGAGUAUUGUUGAUAAGCAGAAUGUGUUGUCUAAAGUAGCGCCAGUGUCACAGAGAGCAAGCGUGUCCCCUGCCAGGCAGGUCCCAUCGCCUGUAAAGACCCCGGCCCCCACACCAGUACAGACACCACUGCAAUCUCCCGUCCGUACAUCAUCACCCAUUACCAGCUACGCUCAAAAAUCAUCACCACUCACACCGACAGUUAAAUCACCAGUAAAACCGACUUCAGCACCUCCAGAACCACCUAAGAGGAAGAUUGUUAAGAUCAUGGUUGUCUUUACUAAACUCGAUCCUAAGACUAAGAAGCCUGAUCUUCAUACCGCUGAAGUGGAACAUCUCACUGGCAUUCUUGACCCCAAUGGAUUGAUUGAAACUAAGUACGGUGUAAUUGAUUCCAAUACUGGAAACAUAGUUAUUACUGAUCCUGCUGGUCAGAAGCAGACCCGCGAAGGCUACGUAUUGACUGAAACUGGACAAAUCUUUAUAAACUCGGGUGCGAUUGAUCCCAAAACAGGCAAAAUUGAUCCUAAUUUAGGCAUGAUCCUCAGUGUUGCUAAACAAGAAGAUCCAGUAGUCGAAAUCACAACAAUUACUGGUCCCAUUGACCCUAAAACAGGUAAAGUAGACAUUGAGAAGGGCACAGUGGAACACACUAAAGGUAAAGUUGACGCUGAAACUGGUCACAUUUCCACGAAAUACGGUGUCGUCGAUCCCUCAAAUGGAGUCAUAUUUGUUACAAAUACCUCUGACGCCAAGGCUGUCCACAUUGAUGAGAAUAAUGGCCUCAUUACUAUCAAAGGUGUCGUAGACCCGAAGACAGGCAGACCGGAUCCUAACCUAGGACAGGUUAUUGUUGUCGGAACUCACAUCGACCCAGUGGUUGAAGUGACCACAUUUGUUGGAAAACUUGAUACCAAGAAGGGACUCAUCGAACCCAAACAUUCACUAGUAGAAAGCAGCACCGGUCAAAUCAACCCUGACAAUAACAAAAUUGAUACCAAAUUCGGACAAAUCGAUCUUGUCAAGGGAACUGUUACGUACAAUGAUCCCAAAACAGGCAAGUUUGAAAGUAGGGAGCUCAAGGUUGACCCCGUUACUGGUCAGUUCUUACUGAAGACUGGACAGAUCAAUCCUAAAUCUGGAAAGCCGGAUAAGGACGUCGCUAGAAUGAUUUGCUUGAGAAUCAUUAAGAACAAGAUUGAUCCCGUAUCUGGCAAACAAAUUGUAUCAAACGAUCCCAAGAACGUUAAAGUUGAUCCUAAGACCAACCAGAUUUGGAUCGCUGGACCUAAAGACCCAGUGUCCGGUGAAGUCAUUUACACAGCUGGUCAGGUCGACCCUGUCACCGGUUACAUCAUCUCAAUUUACGGUCGUCUCGACCCCAAGACUGGUACUAUCGUCAGAACACAUGAUGUCGACAAGUCACUCAUUAAAGUUGACCCCGUCAAUGGACAAAUCUACACCGCAACUGGAGAAGUUGAUGAAAACAACCAACCUCUAUACUCUGCGUCACAAGUCGAUCCCAGCACUGGUGAGAUUUACACCAAACUUGGCAAAAUCGAUCCUCAGACGGGCAGGCUGAUCAUCAUUAAGAUCUAUAUCAUCACACAGAAAGACGACAAAGGAAGAGUCAAGGAAGUCGAUCCCAAGGAAUGCACCAUCGAUGAAACAACUGGCAGAAUCAUCACGACGAAAACAGUGUAUUUGUACCAGAUCAUUGAUCCCAUCACCGGAGAAACUAUCGACGUCGACCCAGACGACCCGAGGUUGAAAGGCGCGCGCACAACUGUCACACAAACUAUGACGUUAUCAGGCAAGAUUGACCCUGUCACAGGCAGGAUUAAAACGGAAUACGGAGAUAUCGAUCCCGACACAGGCGACAUAGACCCCAGCACGGCUGUCAGAGACCCGGUCACCGGACAACUCAUUCUCCACUACUCACAAAUAGAUCCCUCGCACUUCGAAGACAAGAGUGGAAACUACACGAUAGAGAAAGAAACACAAGACUUGCCGGCCAACAUCGACAUACAGACGGUGAACACGCAUAAGUUCUCUACCUUCGGCAAGGACGAGAGUCCGCUGAGAGGAGACGAACCUAAGACGUUCACCGAGUACACGACGAGCGAGCACAUACGGCACCAGGGCUACGUGUCGUCAUCCACUCCUAUAUCCUCCAAGAUCCCGGUUUCACAGCGCUCUAAGAAGACGCCGACCCCUCCCGUCGUGGUGAAGACCACCACCAAACAGCUCCUGACGAAAAAUGACGAGGGCGUCACACACAAUGUGGAACAGGAGGUCGAGAACCUCGGCACCGGCGAGGUCACCUUCUCCACACAUACCAACAAGGCGGAAAGCCUUGAGCCGAUGGAGGGUCCCGGCAAGAGUCCAUACGUGACGGCGCGCGCGGUGACCACGCGGACCGCCACUACUCACCACGAUCUAGAUACCAAGGCCAAGACGCAGCAGAUGGAGGAGAAGACAGUGGCGCACACACUCACUUCGUCCGCCACCAGGCAGGAGCAGCGCGUGGUCACGCAGGAGGUCAAAACCAUGGUGACUACUGGCGACCAGCUAACUAGACGCGGGUCAGAGUCCUCGGUGAGCAGUGGUGACUCGGGCACUCCCAUCGACUUUGACGAAGGAGCUGGUGAAGGACAUUACUACGUCACGGAGCCGGGCUCGUACAAGACGACGACAACGAGCACGGUGAUGGGGAACGCGCCAUUCGGCAGCAUGGUGCACGGUGCUACCACUAGGACGAGUACGGGUCCUGUAGUGACGGAGCCGGUGGAGGUGACGGAGACGGAGGAGGUGCUGGCGGACGGAGAGGUUGUCUCCUCGCAGACCAUCAGCUCCAAGACGCGCACCGUCGAGACCAUCACCUACAAGACGGAGCGUAACGGAGUGAUCGAGACGCGCGUGGAACAGAAGAUCACCAUCCAGUCGGACGGGGACCCCAUCGACCACGACCGAGCACUCGCAGAGGCUAUACAGGAGGCCACAGCGAUGAACCCAGACAUGACAGUCGAAAAGAUCGAGAUCCAGCAACAGAGCACGCAACCCUAAGCUAUAGCAACACGUUGCAACGUCCACCUCGUGACCCGGGCCUCGGACCCGGCCUGUAUGUAUAUCUAGGUACAUACCCUAGUUGUAAGCGAUAACAAUGCGAAUAUUAAUCACUAAGUUAUUUAAAUACAAACAUUUAUAUUGAUUAAUUAAUAAACUGUUAAUUAUAUUUAAUAUUUGAUGUUGUCACGUCGUGCACUUUACGAUUUUUGGGCGAAGGGAGGGUCUACAGUAGUAGGACAUUGUGUCGAUAUACAUUAUUGUGUAUAGGAAUGUUUAUGUAUCGAUAUGUCAAUAUAUCGAGUUUGUUACAUCACAAUGGCCUCAAUAAAGUUGCUACAAUUUCCAGAAUGAACAAGUUAAUCUUGUCACGUAUACGGUAUUCGACGACCGGCCGGUUCGCCCUCGCCCUGGAAAAUGCAAUUUUAUAUUGUAAAAUAUUAUCGAUAAGUAUUGCAGCAUUUUUCUUUUUUAUUAUUAAGCUUAGGCUAAGGCAUCCAUAAAAUCCGGACGGCAUAGGGCUUCGUAGAGAUAUAAAUGUUGCCAUAGUAAAAAAAUAUAAAAAUGUUUUGUAUUACUAUAUGAAAAAAUCAUUUAAUGCCUUGUGUUUGACAAAUCUGGCUGGAUAUUUCGGAAUACGUGUGUAAGCGCAUUGCUCAAAUCAUUUGUCUAUUUAGCUUCGAUAUAGUUGGAUGAACAACUAUCACUGCCAAUGAAAGCUGUUGUAAUCGUGAAUUGUAUACUUCUCGUAGAUUUUCUAAAUUACAAUCAUGCUAGACUUAGCCUUAAACAUUUAAAUCACAAUACAAAAAUGUAAUUAUAUGAACAUCUUCUCGCAUCCAGCCAGGUUACGACACGAGCUAGUUUUCUAUAACGGAAUAGCUUUAAAAUAUUGUCACACGAGUUAGACCACCGUAUUUAGAUAUGUAAAAUACAAAUUUAUUAAUUUUCUCCUCCCUUCUAUUGGAAGUGUCGGUAUACAAUGUAGUGCGGGACUAAUUGGUUAUCUAUCGAUACUCUUGUCACGGUUUACCGAUACAUCGAUAUCGAUAAACUGUCGCAACACUAUCGGGAACUACAAAAGUAUAUGUUAUUAAAAAAAAAGAUAUAUUAUUGACGUGUUGCUAUGGACUAUAUUAUAUCUACGCGCUCGCUGUACUACGCACGUAGUAGAUACUGUUAUUAUUAUGAAGAAAAUAUCUUAUGAAAGGCUUUUACGGCUUAUUUAUAGUCAUCAAGUGAUAUAGCGAAUUUGUGUCGUGUGUGAUUGCAAUACAGAUUUAAGAUCUAUAUACGUGGCUAGGCGCGUAGUGCAGCGAGCGAUAUAUUUCACCAUUAGGUGCUACUACUUAGGGUCUAGUGUUUACGUACAUUUGUAUGUGCCCGGCGGCGGGCCUCCAUUUUAUAUUUAAUAUUAGUUUGGCAGCUUUGGCUUGACGGACGGGAGGCACACUGACACCUAACUACGUAAAUAUUAUAAUAUAUAACACAGAUAUAAUGUUUGUUUUUUUCGUUAUCUUGUAAAGAUUGAGAUGUGUGCCAGUGCGUCUCCCGGGAAUGUAAACUAAGCUUAGUCGGUCAAUGUUAGAGAUUAGGGCCAGGCGAGCAUUUGUUGCAUUCGACAGUUCAGUGGAGUAACGAGGGACAUUCCAUAGUUCACAAACUUAUAUCUAGGAGUAAACGCUACAUCAUGACACAGAGUGUUUGUUUCUUAUUAUUUUUGUCUUAAGAUUAUUUCUAUACGGUCGCGGCGCACUUUACGAGCUCACAACAAUAUGAUACACAUGUAUGAAUAUACUGAAACAUCUGAUUAAGCAAUUAUGACACCUAAGUCUUUGUUAUGUACAGUUGAAAUAGUUUGGCAUCGCACAAAACUUAUUCUUACAGAGCUCGCCAAGUGCACGCGACCGCACUAAAUAAGUUGGAAUGAUACUGAUAUUGUACAAUUUAUUAUUAUUAUUAUACUAUAAUAUUAAUAUAUUUCAUACACGCUAGACGUAAACAUUAUUUUAUAUUAGAGUUAAGUUUUAAACACUGAUUUAAAAUCAGAUUUUAUGUAUCGUGAUAACAAUUUGUUUUAUUUACUUGAAUUACUAUAACACAUGUGUCCGUGUUCAUACGGUGGUAAGUUUCAAGUAAAUAUAACACUUGGUUAUUAUUUUUUUUAUAAAUUUGACAUUUUAUUGUAUUUAGUUCACGGAUGCUGUCAAAUGAUGGAUUAAAUGAAAUUAUUGAGUAACUAAUGUUUGUCUAUUACCUGUCUGAUUCACGUUGGUAUUGCGAGUGGAGCGCCGGGAAUUAAUGUUGAUAGAGUUAAGAAGAUGAGGGUUUCAUACAAAUUGUUUUAUCGAUAUUUGUUUCUUGUCCUGCACUUGAUAUUCUUCUUGUGUUAAUUUAUGGCUCUGAUCGUGGCUGAUGUUUUGAGACAGGCAUUUUUUAUACAUUUCCUCAUAAAUUGUUUUGUAAUUGCAUACAUGUUAAAAUAGUAUCUGAAUAUCACAUUGUGUCAGUAAUUAACGGUCCUAAUACUUUCAAUAAUUCGUUUUCUUUAGUUUGUUUGUCUGUCUCAUAACAAUGGCGGCGUAUUGAGGUUAUAUUAUAUUUAUUGUAGAUGUUUAUUUUUGUAUCGAGUGGCCCUGCUCCGUAAGCGGUAUCGAGGAGAGUUAGGUAUUACAAAUAAACAAUGCUUUGUUUUA